GUAUCGAUAACAAAACGCCGAAUUUUCGGUGUUUUAUCAACAGCAGCUAUGUCUGAACAGCCAGGAUACUCGCCCAGCUUCAAGCGGCCGUCUGAAAUUAUGCGAAUGAGAAGGAAAAGGAUUCGAAGUGAGGCCGAAGCCUGUUCCAGCAGCACCAGCGGUCGGAGUCCCACCAGCGUGCCCGGCCAAAGCGGCUCUUCUCCGGCUUCUGUACGGCCGUUCUCUCCGGGGCCUCUGUUCAACACCCAGAGCUGCUCAGGGAGAGGAAUAAAACGCAGAAACCCGUUCGCAAAUAUCGAGAAUACUUGCAGUCCAGAACAUAAAGUGGGCGUUUUGAGCGGAUACGACAAAUCGAAAAACACGGAGGGAGAAGAAGAAACGUCAACAAGGAAAGAGAGCGAAGGAGUUUUAUCUUUCAGUCAGAUGUUAAUGGAGACGGAAAGACAAGAAAAACACGAUUCCGGCAAGAAAUGUCUCAUGUUUCCAGAUGAUGAGCAUCUGCUUGAGAAAGAGGAAAAGGAUGACAAAAUUCCACUGCUAAAGACUGGCAUUCUUUGUCAGAGUAGUUCACCGGCUGAUGUUCCUGCCUCUGUAGGUCUGUCUUCCUGCACAGAUUACCCAGCAGACUGGAGUCUGAAGACUCGCCUCCUCAUCACCUCUCCACUCUCCCUGUCAUGGGCAGAAAAGCCAAAAGCUCAGGAGGAGGCGCUGGGACUCAGUCAGCACUGCAAAGCUCAAUUUAUUACACUCCCACAGGAUCUACAGGAUCUCAGCACCUGCUCUGAGCUUCGCUGUGCCUUUCAACAAAAUCUGGUUUACUGGCAGCAUCCCUCCCUGCCCUGGUUGUCCUUGUUCCCCAGAAUCAGUGCUGAGGGAAGCUUUACUGGGAAGUGCACCCCCUGGGCACAAGAUGCAAGUCUGCAGCAAAGCCUCAUGAGUGAAUGGUCAGCCAGUCUGUCGUCUCUCUACAGUCUAUUAAAGGCCAGACUGUGUCCAUACUUCUACCUCUGCUCCUAUCAGUUUACAGUUUUAUUCAGGGCAGCAGGUCUUGGUGGCUCCAGCAGCAUCACUGCCUUGAUUUCGCCAACAACCAGGGGGCUCAGAGAGGCAAUGAAGGCUGAAGGUAUAGAGUUCAGUCUCCCUCUAGUGGAGAAGAGGAGCAAGAGCAGUGGACAACAAAGUGUGAAUGUACUUCAGGGAGAUGAGGAAGAACAGUGUAAUGAGCUGAAGGAGAGUGGGGGCUGUUGUGAUAAUGAUGGAGAAAAUGAUACAUUUGAUGAUGAUGAUGAUGUAGAUGACAGCAUAUCCUGGCUGAAGGAGAUGGGAGUCCAUGACAAAAUCAAGAAGCCAGAGAGCUUGUGUAUACAGCUUCAUAAGGAGGGUCAUGCAGUGUCUCUGGACCACAGGCCAGAAUCUGUGGUCUGUGUGGAGGAGUCGCACACGUUCACCCUCAUCAACUUCCUCAUCAACUGUAAGAGUCUGGUGGCUGGAGCAGGGUCCCAGGCUGGCUUACCCCCAACUUUGCUGGCACCCAUCGCUUUCAAAGGAGCGACAUUGCAUGCGCUAAAGGCCCGCAGUGUGAAUGUGAAGAGCCAGAUUGGUUCCGCUUACCAGAACAUCAGCAGUCUGGAGAUUACAGGGCCUAUCCUCCCAUCUUCCCUCCAUGCCAUCACAACCCUCCUUCAGACUAUGCAGAAAGGAAAUUUCUCAGCUGUGUUUUAUACACACACACCUACUGCCAUCUUUAAUAUACAGACCACCAAGGAGCAGUGUGGACAGGCUUCAGUGGACCUGCCUGGUUGUGGUCUGCAUCCUUCUGCAGUUGAGUAUCUGCAGCAGCCCCCCUGCCUGGCUAAGACAGCUCUGAGACACUUACACAUGAACGAGUACAACUACACCUGGAAGACCUGAUACAGAACUGUGUUACCUCGUUAAAAAUUACACGUGUUUGUAUGACAUACUGUUCUACACAUGGGAGCUGCAGAAUGACUGUUGGUUUGCAUUUCACUUUGAGAAACAUCAUCCCAACAGACAGGUAAAUAUCUGGUAGUGGAAGUAAAGCCCUUCAUUUUUGUUCAUUU